UAUACAAUAUAUAUAUUUGUGUGUGUGUAUAUAUAGACACAGCAGAAGCCAUUUCAUUCAUAAUAAUCUCCUCCCUCCACUUUUCAUCAUAAAAAUUCUGAAAACGCAAAAUAUUGAGAAAAAUCAGUAAACAUAUCUCAAUGUUUGUGUUUUAUGUUUUCUUAGUAUUUUUCUUGAUUAUAUUGUUAAUAUUUCUUGUUCGAAUAUUUCUUCAUCGAACUGCUUUAAUCUUUGUUCUGAGGAAGUGGGGCGAAUGGAUAUCAGAUAGGAUUCAUGUUCAUCAGCACUUGAAGGUCCCUGAAUUCAACGAAAACUGUCAGCAAAAUCAGUUCUACCAAAAGGUUUCAGUUUAUGUAAAUUCAUUGGCUUCUGUUGAAGAUUCCGAUUUCACCAAUCUUUUCUCCGGCAAGAAAUCGAACGACAUCGUUUUGUGCCUCGACGACGAUCAAACAAUCACUGAUACUUUUCUAGGAGCACGAGUUUCAUGGAUGAACAAAAUCGGUAGAAAUCAUCGGAGUUUUGUAUUGAAGAUUAAGAAGAAGGAUAAGAGGAGAAUCCUGAAGCCUUAUCUUCAACAUAUACAUACAGUUUCUGAUGAUAUUGUUCAAAGAAGAAAGGAUUUAAAGCUACACAUAAAUACUGAUUGUACUUGGAGAUCUCUCCCUUUUGAACAUCCUGCGAAUUUUGAAUCGAUUGCUCUCGAUCCAGAUUUGAAAACCAAGGUGAAAUCCGAUCUUGAAUCAUUCAUUAAAUCCAAGCAGUAUUAUCAAAAGCUCGGCCGCGCGUGGAAGCGGAGCUACCUUCUUUACGGUCCGUCUGGCACCGGAAAAUCCAGUUUCGUUGCAGCAAUGGCGAAUUUCCUUUCGUACGAUGUUUACAACGUUAAUUUAUCACAAGUUUCCGAUGAUUCCCAUCUUAACAUGCUUCUGCUGCAAACGACAUCAAAGUCUUUGAUAGUUGUUGAAGAUUUGGAUCGGUAUGUCGCUGAGAAAUCAACGACUAUUACUUUAUCUGGGCUGAUGAAUUUCAUGGAUGGGCUUCUGGGUUCAAGCUUUUGUGAUGGGAGAAUUAUGGUUUUUACGAUGAACAGUAAAGAAGGAAUUGAUUCAGCUCUUUUAAGGCCUGGAAGAAUUGAUUUUCAUAUUUAUUUUCCUUUGUGUGAUUUCAAUUCAUUCAAGAGUUUAGCCGGCAGUUACUUAGGGGUUAAGGAGCAUAAACUGUUUCCACAAGUAGAGGAAAUUUUUCAGACCGGCGCCACCAUGAGCCCGGCGGAGAUUGGGGAACUGAUGCUAGUGAACCGGAGUUCGCCGAGCCGGGCAUUGAAAUCGGUGAUCACAGCUUUGCAAUCAAACAGAAGAAGCAGCGUCGGCAGUGGUGGUGGUGGAGGAAAGUUUGGACAUAGGUUGAGCGAGAGCGCGGCGUCAUCACCGGUCCCGCCGUCUACUGCUGAGGAUGCCAGUGGCGUGGCCUGGAAGGACACGGUGGUGCCGAAGGAGUUUCGGAAAUUGUACGGACUGUUUAGAUUAAAGAGUGGCAAGAAACCGGAAUCGCUAGAUCAUGAUCAAGAGAUUAUCGAACGGUGACAAAGUCAUCAAUGAUACGGUGUUUUUUAUUUUUAUUUUUAUUUUUAUAAUCAUUUUCCAUUUAGAAAGUUGAUUUUAGUGAUAUGGUUUUUAAAUUUCUAGUUGUGAAUACACAUUUGAAGUCAAUUCAAUGGGUUUGCAAGACUGUAACGCGUAAAAAAUUCAUAGGCAUACCUAUGUUUUUACAGCUGUGUAGUCAUAGAAUUUUAGUUUGUAAAUUUAGGAAAUGUAUCAAACUGAAGUGUUAAAAAAUAUUUUUAAUUAGAGAAAUGUCACAAAUAAGUUUUUUCUAA